UUUAAAGAGAAAGUGUUUUGUGUUUGUGUUUAAUUUAUACAAAUAUUACUCUAAUGAUUCUAGUCUAAUUAAUGUAAGUUAUUUUAAGAAAAAAUGGAUUUAGCGAAGUCUCUAUUUAGUUCACGCGAUCACGUAGGGUAUGUGGGGCGUGAAGAACAUGAACGCAAAAUCAGUGCAGCUCUAGCAGACGACGAUCCAGAAGACAUAAUCGAUGCUAUCCGUGGGAUGAAUGUUGCUGAUGAAUUAUUACCAGCUCCUGGUGGACCUUUUUCUGCUUUAACACCUAGCAUGGUACCUCAAGAUAUUAUGGCAAAAUUAGCACAACCAGAAUCAGAAGGUCAUGGAGGUGGGCUUCCUGAUUAUAGAUUCGAUGAAUUUGGAUUCUGUGUUGAUGAAGAAGACGGCCCCGAACAAAGUUCCAACAAAUUACUUGCAAAUGUUUUUGUGGAAGAUGACCAACAUCGUCUUCAAUGGGAAUUUUACAGUAAAGAAAUAAACUUCUCAGAAGGUGAAAACAAAUUAGAAAAGACAGAUCAAUUGCAAAAAAUGGUUAAAGAUGGUGUCCCUCACUCUCUACGACCACAAGUUUGGAUGCACCUGUGUGGUGCUAAUAAAAAGCGAGCUUUGACAGAGAUAACUUAUCAUGAAAUAGUAAGAGCAUCAAGUGAUGAUGGAUUAGUCACUAGUAAACAAAUUGAGAAAGACUUAGUCCAAAUUUUACCUAAUAAUGUUUGUUUUUCACAUCCAACAAGCACUGGUGUGCCAAGACUUCGCCGUAUCCUCAGAGCUUUAGCUUGGUUAUACCCUGAUAUUGGUUAUUGUCAGGGAACUGGAAUGAUUGCUGCUUCUCUUUUAUUACUAAUGGAAGAAGAGGAGGCGUUUUGGAUAAUGUGCACUACAGUAGAGGAUCUCUUGCCAGCUUCCUAUUAUUCAUCAACAUUAAUAGGUAUACAAGCAGAUCAAAAAGUUCUAAGAAGCCUAAUAUCUACUUACUUACCUGGUAUUGAUCAAGUCCUUAAUGCCCAUGACAUUGAACUCUCUCUUAUAACUAUGCACUGGUUCCUUACAUUGUAUGCCAAUGUCGUUCACAUGAAGAUUUUACUCAGGGUAUGGGAUUUGUUCUUCCUAGAUGGUUCAAUUGUUCUAUUCAAAGCAACAUUAGCUAUGUUAAAGAUCAAAGAAAACAGAUUUACUGAAAUAUCAAAUUCUGCUCAGAUUUUUAACGCUUUAUCGGAUAUUCCUGGAGAAAUUGAUGAUGUAGAUCUCUUAAUCAAAACGAUUGAUGAAGUCUGUGGUGAAACUUUAAGCCCUGCUUUAAUUGAAACUCAUCGGCGAAGACAUUUAGCUUAUCUAAUGGCUGACCAAGGUGCAUUGGUUGGAAACCCAAAUGCAGUACCAAAUCUACCUAAGCAGCAACUUCAACGUCGUCAAAUUAAAAGAAGCAAAUCAGUUAUUCAAACUAUUCUUUUUGGAGAUGACACUAAUAAUGAUGAUGCUGUUUCAAAAAAUGUUAAACAAACCGAAAUUCUCGUUGAUUUAAGAGAAGCAAUUUUACAAGUUGCUCGACAUUUUCUUGCCCUUGAACCACAAUUGGCAUCAGAAGUUCAACUUACUGCUGACUACAGUAUGCAGAGUCAUGCAGCUGACAGAGAAAGAUAUGUCAAUGUAUCUAGAAGUAAAAGAAGACGUGCUAAGGCUUUGUUAGAUUUUGAAAGGAGAGAUGGAGAUGAAUUAGGGUUUAGGAAGAAUGAUGUCAUAGAAGUUAUCAGCUCAAGAGAUGAGCAUUGUUGGAUUGGAGAAUUAAAUGGCUUAAGAGGCUGGUUCCCUGCAAGAUUUGUCAAAUUAUUAGAUGAAAAGGGUGUUAAAUAUAGUAGAGCUGGAGAUGAUUCUGUGACAGAGAAAGCAGCUCAUCUAGUAAGAGGAGUUUUGGCUCCAGCAUUUAAAAGAGUAUUAUUGCAUGGCAUUAAGAAACCAAGCUUCUUAGAUGGACCUUGUCAUCCAUGGUUAUUUAUUGAGGAAGCUUCAUCUAGAGAAGUAGAAAAAGAUUUCAAUUCUGUAUAUAGUCGUUUAGUUUUAUGCAAAACAUAUCGUUUGGAUGAAGAUGGUAAGGUUCUCACACCAGAAGAGUUGUUAUACAGAUGUGUACAAGCUAUAAAUCUUUCCCAUGACAAUGCCCAUGCACAAAUGGAUGUUAAAUUACGCACAUUAAUUUGCAUGGGGUUAAAUGAAGAAGCUUUACAUUUAUGGCUAGAGGUUCUAUGUUCUUGUGUCGACGUUGUCCAGAAGUGGUACCAUCCUUGGUCGUUUAUCAAUUCUCCAGGAUGGGUUCAAAUUAAAUGUGAAUUAAGAAUUCUAUCCCAAUUUGGGUUUAAUUUAAAUCCUGAUUGGGAGCUACCACUAAAGAAAGAUACACAAAAUCAACCGUUAAAAGAAGGUGUGAGAGACAUGCUGGUAAAACAUCAUUUAUUUUCAUGGGACCUGUAAAACCUAACCUAGUCCAUUUUAUUAAAAUUUGUACAAAAUUUAAACAAAACUAAGAGCUGAGCUAAAUUUUAUAUAUGAAAAUUAUAUUUUCAUAUCUUACUUGUACUUAAUUAACACAAAAAAAUAUAUAAGUCACCAUUUUUGAAUAAACAUUAAAGUCUUGUUUAUACUUUGUACAUAUAAUAAUGAAAAGAACUAAUCAUUCCAAAGAACUUGUGAAGUUUUCUAUGAUGAUUUUAAAAUUUCUUAAUAUUGAUAAUCUUAUGAAUAGUUUUAAAAUGUACAAGUAAAUGUUCUUUGCCUUGUUAUGUGAUAAUUUAGUUAUUUGUUUUGUAUAGUUGCUAAAUAAUCUAUAUAUAAAUUAAUUAUAUUUAUAGACGUAAUGACAUAAAAUUUUGUUUAAUGUAAAUAGAAAAAUAUUGAUUUUAUUCUUUUGAUAAAUUCCUAUCCUGGAUUUCUUGCUACUUAUAUGUAAAAUAUAAAUAUUACCUGUUGCACGCAUUAAAAUAGCUUUUUUAGUCUUAGUAUUUUUUGUGAAUGUUGUUU